CUACACAAAUUGGCGUGCAUAGUACACGAGACUUGAACGGUUCUUUUAAACAAUCGAUUUUUUCUUUAACUCUUCUAUUCAAGUGAGUGGCUGAGUGACGAGUUACUUUUAGUCUGUACAUAUUACUUUCAUGUGUGAAAUGUGUAUUCAAUCAUUACUAAGAAGAUAAAAAAGAAAUUGUAUAGAUUAGCUUCAUAACACCCUUGCACAUUAUUUUAGUAUCUGAGAAAAUGUGGGGCAUCGUUUUUGGAACGAAAUUUGAAAUAUUUCACAAACUAUCGUAAUGUGUGUAUUGUUUCGAAAUGAGUUUGUUUGCAUAAAAGAUAUUGACAGCAUAUUGUACACGUAAAUAUUAUUAAACAUACGUAUUGCUAAAUGACAGCAAAAUAAUGUCGGACAAAAACAGUGACGAGAAGAAAAGGAAACAAAUCGAGGAUGACACGACGAAAAGUCUGAACGGAACCGUAAGCGGCUAUUUUUCAUCAAUUUCCGUACCGACGGCUCCAGAAGCGCCGCAGGUGGCGGAUGCUGGAAUUAGAGAUGUUGAAAAUUCUGCGACACUCUUUCCACAUGUUCAACCGAAGAGCGGCAGUGUUGAAGAACGAAAUGACGGGGAUAAUGACGAGCAUCACGAUUUCGAAUCGCUCGAAUACGAGGAGGACGUUUAUUAUAAUCGUGACAUAGCCGCUAACACACCAAGUUUCGACGACAUUGAUGAGCUUAGCGAUAGCGACGAAAUCGUGGUUCACUGCUGGCGCGGAUCGAGCGGUGACAUAGAGGAAAUUGUUGUCGACGAUUCCAUGUACUGCAUAUCGGUUGAGACUGAUUUCAAUAAUCCCAUGCAGCAACGAGAUAUACCGCAAACGAAUGCUGACGCGGAAUCAGACCCACUUAAUAAGAAUGAGAAAAAAUUUAUGAACGUUAAUAAAAAUAAUAAUAAAAGUAACUUCAACAGCGUUGGCAUAGGCAAGAAAAAGAGAUCCGUCAGGGUUAUAUUUCAGGAUCUCUCGAAACCGUAUUUGGCGAAAAUAAGUAGUAGUCAAAACUACAAAAAGUUUCUUGAAAUUGUGAAAGGAGAAGAAGCUUCCCCCCAUCCGGUAGACCCUCUGUCCUCUCCUACCGAUGAUUUUGUAGCAAGAGGAAUCCUCGAGGAAAGAGAACAACGAAGAGACGAAUGGACCGCCGAGUUGGCCAAGGUCGAGGAGGAGAUACAGACGUUGAGGCACGUUUUGGCAAGCAAAGUCAAAGUUUCCCAAGAACUUAAGCGAAAGCUUGGUAUCGGGGCCUGGAAAGAAUUAACAGAUGAUGUUAAUCAGGGUCUCCGGAACGUCAAGGAGAGCCAAGUAUUCCAGAAAACCGAAUCGGUGAUCAAAACUACAGCAGAGAAAACCAGCAGCAUUCUGGGCGGCUUUGGUAGCGGGAUUUCCAUGAAAUUAGGACAAAUGCGUAAUUCUGAGAGCUUCCGAUCUCUUGAAGAGAGGGUUGGUUCUGCUUACGAAAAUGUCAAGACCAAAGUCGUGCCGUCAAGGUCAAAUUCAACUCAGAGUUUCGACGAGGCAUUAAGAGAAGCCGAGGCGACGAGACGAGCAUCGGCCAUACCGAUAGCAACAAGCCCAACCAUCCCCGAGGACAAGCCUCUUUCUUAGAGCCGGCCCUAUAUUAUUAUCAUUAUUACUAUCACCGUCUGUUUACAUUAAUUAUUACGAAUAAUACUACUAUCAUUUAUAAUUAUUAUUAUUGUUUGAGCUGCGCACGCGACGUUUUCUCCGCAUAUAUCUGAUUCUCGUCACGUGCCUGUCUAAUCGUCUAAUUUUUACUCCACACCUUUCCCUUUUCCCUUAUUUCUUUGUAAUUUAAUAACUUUCGGAUUCGUACUCUGGCGGUGACAUAAAGGGAGGAAAUAGAGACACCGUCCUAAGACAAUAUUAAAUAAAAUCAAUCGAUCAAUUUGGAACGAUAUAGGAACUCUGUACCGAAAUGCCUGUGUAUUUGUAAUUUGUUUCCUUUUUUCUUUCAUUAAACAUGAUACGAAGUAUUUGAGGCAAAAAAUAAAUACUUCUUUUUCCAUCGUUUUUCCGGACCAUCGUAUCGUGUAUCUUCUGUUUCUAAUGUAUUACCCAUUUUAUCUUGCUUACAAUUUUCGAAUGUCGGCAUUUUGACAUCGAGAAUACAUCUGUCGUCGUCGUGCAUAAUUUUUUUUUACGAACAGUGAUAAUAUUACCUAAAUGCAUCUAACUAAUAAAUCGUAUUAUUUGUUCUGCUAUGAUAUGAUACGAAAUCGUAAAAGAAAAAAGGUAACAUAACGCAAUGGCAUUUGUCGUUGUACUUAACUAUUCUUAUUAUUAUUAUUGUCUUUACUGUUAAUAUUAUUGCCGCCUCACUGCUGCUUGAUGGUUUAAACGGAAAGAGUAAAUAAAAAUAAUUUACAAAACGCGGAAAACAGCAUGUAGAUCAAGUGCAUGAGUAACUUGGCAAAGACUGGUCGCAGGAAUGGGGAAAAGUAAAUAUACUGAAUUUGAAAUAGGCUGAAUGGUUAAUAAAUGUUUCAAGUGAACAGGAUCUCAGGAUCAUCGCGUUAAUAAUUCACGAAUUUUCAUAUUGAAUCUCACUCUUUCAUUCGUGAUCUCUUUGUGGGUAUCCAUUUUUAGGUGAAAAAAUGUCCUUGAAUUGAAAGGAGAGAGUAUUUAAUAGAAAUAUAUAAUAUACACAUACACCUAUUGUUUACAUAUAUUUAGAUUCUUAUACGAAAUUGUAGCAAGCCUGCUACGAUACUGCUAAUACUACUGUUGCAUUCUCCCAAAAAGUGUCCUUUGCUUGAUAAAUAUAUUGAUAGUGAAAAAUAAAUAAGUAAAGUCAAACGAUGAAGUACAAGAAGGAAACGAAAAAAAUCCACGGAAAAAUAUUAACGCUAGUCGCGUUGUAACGAAAUAAUUGUACGCGUAAAAUAUCAAAUAUUUGAUGUUUCCCAAAUGUUUUUCUUUUUUUUUCUUUUUUUCACCAUUGCUAUAUUUCCGAAUUGCUUCUUAUUCUUAUUUCACUUCUGUUCUUUUGGAAAAAUAUGAAAUUCGAGUAGGUUCCGUACGUGCGAAUUUAUGAACCUACCAGUUAAGUGUGUUAAUUAAUAGUUUGCGCGUUCUAGAAGCUGCUCGUGUCUGAUGAUAAAACAAUUUUUGAUUGUACAUUCUUCCCAGCAUCAGUUUCGCGUAAUUAAACGAAAAUCUGACAGCUUGCACGACGUUUCUCGCGCCUCGAUAUUCGCGUAAUAUCUUCAAAAUAAUGAUCACCUGAUACCUCGGCGUGACGCCAUAUUGUCCCAUAGUUCCUUUCCAAUAUAGAAGUAGUCGACACGACGACGUUAUUCCUCGCGUCCAUUCAAUGACAAAUCUUUAAUUAUUAUGAAAAUAAUAAUCAUAUAUUUACAAUGUAUCGUAUUUUUCGAAUAAUGAGAUAUCAAGUAUAUUACCACUGUGAAUAUGUAAUAUUAAAUCCAUUGCAUUGCUAUCUAUUUUUCUCAUAUUAGUAAUCGAUCGACUACUCGUUAAAAGAGAAUACAAUGAAUAGCAAAACCGAUCAUUUCUAAUUUCAUUCCUGUAAAAUGUUUUUUUUUUUCGUUUGCCCGAUUAAAAAUUACACGGUAUGAUUAUACAAUUUGAAUUAGCUUAAGACACUAUUUAUUCAGUACAGUUAUCGCAAUUGUUAUUAUAGUAGUGUGCCGUGUUGGUGGCUGGCGUUUGCUUAUCAAUAUUAUUAUUAUUAUUAUUGUUAUUAUUAUUAUCAUCAUCAUUGCUGUGCGCAUCAAAUACACACAUUAUAAAUUAUGGUUCUAUGCUGGACUAAAUUUUUGGCGUCAUAAAUUGCGCAACACGUUUAUAAAAUUAAUUACAAAAAUCAAUAAUAACAAUAAUCUCGCUUGUUGAAUA